UCUUGGAGCGAACUUGCAUGCAGUGCAUGUGCCGUGUUCCCAUCCUCUCUCGUUCCUAAAAAUGUUACUACAACUAUUUAUCGGAUUUCAAAGAUUGAGUGAGCUUUAGAAACAGCUAAGCCUGAAGGUUCUUGGAGAUAAUUUUAAACGGCAACAUCCCCCACCCCUCCUAGUAAAAACAUUUUGAGAAAAAGAUUUCAAUUUCCCUUAGUUUGAAGUUUUUCCAACUUCCACAGAGCCUGUAUGUAAAAACACACUUACAAAGACCCUUACAAAACCCAACAAAACCUGUUAAAUGUAGAUCUAUACUUACAACGACAUUUUACAGACUAUGCUUAUGUGAGAAAAAAACCGAGAAAGAAACAAAAACAUGGCUGACAAGGAUAGUGGUAAGGAGAAAGAGGGUCCUUCGGAGUCCCCCGUCCCAUCCCCGAUCCCGGUCAUCACCGAAGAAGAGAAGGAACUAGCGACGGCAGCCAGUCAUGACUUUGAGGCUGGACACUACGCUCCGUGCCUGGAGAAACUUCACUCCCUCGCUAAGAUGAGGAGUAACGAUAUUAAGGUCAACCAUAAUCUGACCGUGGCAAAGUUCUUCCAGUCCGGCUGUUCGAGGAUAGAUGAUAUGCGAAAGGGCCUCGGCAAUGUGUGUUCGCAGGCCCAUGUCAACUUGAGUGGUGGUAUAGAUACACUGGAAGACACUGACCAUGCCAUACUGUUCUUCAAUCACGCCGUCAUCCUUUAUCAUAUGAGGCAACAUCACGAAGCCAUCCGCAUUCUGGAGAAGCUGUUCCAGAUCAUCGAACCACUAGAGGAAUCCUUGGGUCAUAAGAUACUACUUUUGCUAGUAGAGACCUACCUGAGUACGUACCAACCGGAGAAAGCUCUGGCCAUUAUAUCUUACUUGGAGAAACAACUCUUCUCCACUGAGAAUGCUAGCAACAAGGGCACGUCGGAAACUAGCAACAAGGACAACAAGGAAUCCAAUAGCACUGAGGAGACAGGACAAGAUCCAGAGAAGUAUCGGCCGACUUUACACCUUCUGAAAACCAGAUGCUACCUACAGUUGAAGCACGUCAAAGUUUGCAAGCGUGAAAUCAAAACUGUCAUGAACUCAGCUGGACCAUGCGCUGCCUCCUUGUUUCUGAAAGGCAACUUUGAGUUCAUCCGUCAGAAUUACCGCAAAGCCAUCAAGCUGCUAAACAGCGUUCCUCCGUCCAGCGACUUCUUGAAGACGGGCCAGUGCGUCCCUGUCAUGUACUUCAAUAACCUUGCCUGUAUCCACUUCUACAUGGGAAAAUACCAUCUGGCUGCUUACUACGGACGGAGGGCACUGCAGGAAAAUGCCAACGCAAUGGCGGAGCUGCCCAAACGAAAAGGUCAAUCCCUAAACAAUCGUCACAUCAAAACCCUGGGUAUGAACCGUCGUUAUGAGCUUCUAUACAACACGGGCAUCCAGCUGCUCCAUGCAGGGCGCCCUCUAGCGGCAUUCGAAUGCCUGACGGAGGCCAUACAGGUUUACCCAACAAACCCACGGCUCUGGUUGAGAUUGGCCGAAUGUUGCAUCGCAGCCAAUUCAACACCAUCUGGUGCUGAACCGGAAGGAAAGGUCUCAGGGGACGGCCCUAGACGUGGGAUUGUACGCAACGUGAUUGGUACAGGACCUCAUCGUAAAGUGAUCCUGUCUCCUGGGUCAUCAGAAUAUAAAUACAGCGGAGACGGACAGUCCGCUGCAUUUCCAGCAGCCACGUUGGAGUUUGCUUCGCUAUGUCUCUCCAACGCUCUGUCUCUACUACCUGACGAGGCAUCUCACUCAUCGGCCAGUAGGAUCACAGCUAGAGGCAGUGUCAGUAGCGACUCAUCCGAGGCUGCCGAUUCAACAAGUAAGCAGCCAGGCCCCGGUCAUUUAGCAGCGCCACCGGGUCAGGCCCUGAAGCCAGCCGAUCUGACCAGUCUACGAUGUUCUAUCCUAGCCAGCAGUGCCUACGUCUCCUUAUCCCUGGGCGAUAACGUGACCACCUUGGAGUUCACCAAACUUCUGUUGGCCCAGACUAGACUGCCGGGCUCUCUCAAAUUCCUUGGUCAUCUGUACGCUGCGGAGGCAUUAAUCAACAUGGACCAGAUAUCAGAAGCCAUCCAGCAUCUAGCUCCUGAUUCAGUGUGUGAUGUAUCCGUUGUGCUUCCUGUACUUCCAGAACAUGGUGAGAAACAGGGUGAUAAAUCAGACGCAGGUCAGGGUGAAGGUCACGACGGAAUGGAGGGACACGUAGCCGUGUCUGAAUACUUCCCUGCGUCGAUACAGGUCGCCCGGGCCACGAUGCUCCUUAAUCUGGCGUGUGCACACUCGCUGCGUAGUGAAUGGGACAAGGCUAGGAAGUGCCUCAAACAGACAUGCAGUAUGUUACCCACCAGUGAGAUCCCUCAGCAGGCGCUCUUCCUUGGCAUCUAUAUUGAGUUACAAACAGGUAACCAUCAGAUAGCAUUGCAGAUGGUUAAAAAGCAGCAACUGAUCCCCUACCUCAAGCCGUCUGAGUCUAAACUGCUCUCCAUAGGGACAAUGAGUUCCUUCAACAACGGCUCCUCAUCCCAGGGGGUCUUCAGCUCCGGAACCCCCAACAAACGAAACAACAAAGACCCCUGGCAGAAGUAGAGAUAGCGGUGAUGUAGACGCCAUGUUUUAUUUGUUUUUUAUUUGAGACAUCAUUCUGUGAUUGCUUAGAAAUGUUUACUAAUCCUCCGUCUUUUUUUUUGGUGACAUUAUGGCUACCUGGUACAUAGAUCUAUCCGGGAACCCGAGUUCAUCCAGAAACUACAGGGUACAUCCUAAUACUAAUGGGUACAUCCUGAUAAUGAUGGGUACAUGCGAAUAAAACUGGGUACAUCAGAAUACAACUGGGUACAUCAGAAUACUAUCGGGUACAUCGGAAUACAACUGGGUACAUCAGAAUACUAUCGGGUACAUCGGAAUACAACUGGGUACAUCAGAAUACUAUCGGGUACAUCGGAAUACAACUGGGUACAUCACAACACAACUGGGUACAUCUGAAUACUACCGGG